GCCCGCGGUUCCCGGGCUGCGCCUCCGCGCCUCGUCCAUGGCUGAGGGCCGGCGGCGGGAGGACGAGGAGGAAGAGCUGCGCGAGCGCCGCGAGUUCGGGGGCCCGCGCCGCGCCCGGGGCCGUGCGCUGUCGGGCCACUCCGCCGCAGAUCGCAACGAACGAAAUAAACCAGAGCAUCGUUCUUCAAGCCAAGGACCCUUGUCAUCCAUUAGAGCGGUUAUCAAGAGAUCACUCAUGAAUAGUGCACAGCAAAAAUGCCCCGUGGAAGAGCUUCUCGGACUUCUUUUCAGAGCGAGCAUCAUCGAGAUAGGAGGCGCCCGGAGAUCACCAUCGUGGCAGCUGAGCCCCUGAGGCCGGCCUCGUGGUUUCCAGGAGCCCCGCCCCCGGGACUGGGAUUUCCCCCUUCUUCGGCAGCAGGCCCUUGGAGGCCCAGUGAGCUGGUUCCUGCUGAGCUCCCACCAUCUUAUGAACAAGUCAUAAAAGAAAUCAACCAAGUUCAAGUUAAUACUACGAAUAAUAAUAAUGCUGCUGCCACUCCAAGGCACACAAUUACGUCUGCAACUCAGACUGACUUUACAGAAGAAAUAGACAACCAUCUGCCUCAGAGUAGUGCAAGUAAUUUGUCCUCCCUAAUUCUGACCUAG